AUGGACGGCAACUAUUACAACCCAAACAUGGCCAGAAACUACAACUAUCCCAACAUGGGCGGAAAUUUUAACAACCCAAACAUGGCCAGCAAUUUUGGUGAGUCAUGAUACUUAUCCACAUUUUAAAAGAAAGGACUGGUGUGUUUUAUCUCAGCUGCACAACGUGAACUCUGAUGUUACUUCUGCUUUCUUAGGAGGGAUGAAAAACUAUUUUCUAGUUGAUGCUUUUGUUUUAAAAUAAAAAUCUAAUGAGACAUUUUAGGGCACAUGGGAAAACAAUGUUAAUUCAAAGUCAAUAUUAAAAGUCACUAGAUGGACAUGUGUACCGGUAGUUUAAAUUUUGAUUUCAGUGGAGGGAUUGUCGAAGCAUAUGAAUGAUGAAAAUGCCAUUUUUGAUCCAAAGUAUCAGGGUCCUUUUUAGAAGAAAGUUCAGAACCUAAGUUUGAAAGUGAAACUGUGCUGUUAGCUAAACUCUUUUCUAUUUGAUAUCAUAAAAUAAUUAACAGUAUCUGUUUUUGGUGACUUUAUCUGUUGCACUCUUCCUUUCUGAGUGAACUGCCCUAACUCAAGACCUUAUCCAAUCUCUUUAACUUUUUACACAGGGUAUACCAUUACUAAUAAUGAUGAAGUGAGAAUAGUGAUGGUGGGGAAGACUGGAAUUGGGAAAAGCGCCACUGGAAACACCAUCCUAGGAAGAGACUGCUUUGAAUCAAAGUUCAGUGCUCAGUCCAUGACUGUGGACUGCUCCAAAGGCAAGGGCACAGUGGACGGACAAAAGGUGGCUGUGAUUGACACCCCAGGCCUGUUUGAUACCAGGUUUGGGAUGGACAAGACAGCCAAAGACAUCAGCCAGUGCAUCACUUAUGCUUCUCCUGGUCCCCAUGUGUUCAUGGUGGUCAUCCGGCUGGGUAGAUACACUGAAGAGGAAAAGCAGACGGUGCAAAGGAUUCAAGAGAUCUUUGGUCAGGCAGCAGACAGAUACAGCAUGGUUCUCUUUACCGGAGGAGAUGAGUUAGAGGCGGAAGAAAAAACUAUUGAGGGUUUCUUGGCUGAAUGUCCAGACCUGCAGGAGCUUGUCUCCAGGUGUAAUGGUCAGUACCAUGUCUUCAACAACAGGAAAAAAAAAGAUCGUUCUCAGGUCACUGAGCUUUUGCAGAAGAUCAGAAACAUAGUCCAGAAGAACGGAGGAAGCCACUACACCAAUGAGAUGUUCCAAGAGGCCGAGAGGGCAGUUGAAGAGGAGAAACAACACAUCCUGAAGGAGAAAGAGGAGCAAAUACGCAAAGAAAAAGAGAAACUUGAGAGGGAAAUACGGCAAAAGUAUGAAAAAGAGAUGAAGAGAAUCAGUGAUCAACUUCAGGCUGAGAGAGAGAGGGAGAAGAAAGAGAGAGAGGAGGAGAGGAAGAGGGAGAAGCAGGAGAUGAAUGAGGAGAGAAUGAGGGAGAGAGAGGAGAGACAAGCAGAGAGGAUGAGAGAGAGGGAGGAAAAAGAAAAAGACCUGAACAAACUGAAGGAACAGUUUGAGAGUGAUCUGAAAGAGGAGAAGAAAAGGAUAGAAGAAAAGUUUGACAGAGAGGCCAGAACAGAAGCUGAGGAGUCUAAUCCUAUGUACUAUCUGGUUAAAGCUGGGGAAGCAGUGGUUGACGCAGGCAAGCAUGUAGUCAGUGGAGCCAAAGCAUUGGGGAGGAAAAUUUGGGGAUGGUUUAAGUAG